AACUGAAAGAAUAAACUUUGGAACAACGCAUGUUUACUUUCAGCGUCUUCUUAGUGAGGAAAUAUUUAUAUAUACACAUCUUUAAGGAUGAUUAUUUGUGUGACCCUCCUUACUCUCUACAGCUUUAUGAAAUCUCAAUCAGAGUGUUUUCAGGUGGUUGGUCCAGAAGCUCCUCUUGAUGUUGUCACAGGUGAAGAUCUGGUUCUGCCCUGUUUUAUUAAACCCAACACCAGUGCUGUGGACAUGACAGUGGAGUGGUUCAGACAAGAUUUAUCUGUGAACUCAGAAGUGCAUCUCUAUAAGGAUCAUGAAGACAGAAAUGAAAAUCAGGCUCCAUUCUACAGUGGAAGAACAUCACUGUUUAAAGAGGAGCUACAGAAAGGCAACGCUUCACUUAAACUCUCAGAUGUCCAACUCUCUGAUGAAGGAGAAUAUAAGUGUCUCAUUGAGGACAAAUCCUGGUCUGAUGAUAUCACCAUUCGUGUGAUUGUUGAGGCUCAGGGAAGCCACCCAGUGAUCACGAUGGAGAGUUAUGAUAACUCAGGAGGGGUUAAUCUAGUGUGUGAGUCCAGAGGCUGGAACCCUGAACCUGAUGUUCUGUGGCUGAAUAAAGAAGGAGACACUCUGCCUGCUGAAGAGACACAGAUACACAGAGACACUGAGGGCUUCAGUGUGAAACGCCGCAUCACUGUUCAUGAUUAUAGUGACUCCAACAGAUUUUACUGCAGACUUCAACAAAAACAUCACAUGAUGGAGACGGAGAUCAUUAUUAAGAGUAAAGUCUUUGAAGCAUGGAAGUGGGAUGUCGGCAUUUCAGUUUCAGCAUGUCUUAUUGCUGUUGGAGUGAUAGUAACUGCACUAUGUAGCUAUAAGAAAAUCUCAUUAUUGAGACAGAGAGAGAGAGAAGUUCAGUUACUCAAAAAAAAUCUAUUCUCAGUGGAUGUGACUCUGGAUCCUGAUACAGCUCAUCCUCGACUCGAAGUUUCUGCUGAUGGAAAACAAGUGAAAUGUGGAGACACAGAACAGGAGAAUCUCACUGAUACACCAGAGAGGUUUACUAGUUAUUACAGUGUUGUUGGAAGGCAGAGUUUCUCCUCAGGGAGAUUUUAUUAUGAGGUGAAGGUCAGAGGGAACUCUGACUGGAUAUUAGGAGUGAUGAGAGAGAGCGUUAACAGGAAGCGGGGGAUUCCAUGGUCACCUCAGUGUGGAUUCUGGACUGUGGGACUGUGGGGGAAUAAGUACUGGGCUUGUGCUGAUCCCCCUGUCCCCCUCACACUGAGAUGGGUGGAGAAGGUGGGGGUGUUUGUGGAUUAUGAGGAGGGUCUGGUCUCCUUUUAUGAUGUGGAGUCCAGAUCUCAUAUCUACUCUUUCACUGGUCAGUCUUUCACUGAGAAACUCUAUCCAUACUUCAGGACUCUGAACAAUAAUCCACUGAUCAUCACUGCUGUUACUGAAUAAUCAUCUGAUUUAUAGUUUAUAACAUUUUAUACUGUAUGUUUUACAGCUGGCUAUAAUCAUCACUUACUUCUAAAACCAAAAUAAUAAUUUGUAUUAAAUAUAAUUAGAGACUAAAUGUUAUUGUGAAUAAAAUAAACAUAAACAGUUGAAACA